CUUUUGACCAUGAAUGAUCCUUCCCAAUUCGAACUAAACAAUCCACCACAAGAUGGCAUUACCAACGUCUGUUUUCAUCCUACAGAUCCUAAUCUUCUUUUAGUGUCUUCAUGGGAUAAGACAUUACGACUCUAUAAUGUAGAAACUAAUCAGCUUGUCCAUCAAUUCAUGUCUGAUUCAGCCAUUCUCGAUUGCUGUUUUGGUGAACAAGAUAUUGUCUAUUAUGGAGGUCUUGAUCGUAAAGUGAAGAAAGUGCAAGUGUCUACAGGUGAACAAACCACAUUAGGUGAACAUCAAAAUGCCAUCAGUUGUAUCUGUUGGGGAUCAGAAACGAAAAAGUUAUUUACAGGUUCUUGGGAUAAGACAUUAUGUGUAUGGGACCAGUCAUCAUGUUUUCACAAGAUCGAUCUCGAACAUAAAGUGUUUAGUAUGGACCUCAGAGACACCAAAUUAGCUGUAGCCCUGAGUGAUCGAAAGACAUUUAUUUAUGAUAUUCGAGACAUGACUGCACCUUGGCAAACGCGUGAGACAUCAUUACGUUAUCAACUCAAAUGUGUUCGAUUGAUGCCUAAUGGCCAAGGUUAUGCGUGUUCUUCUAUUGAAGGACGCGUGGCUAUUGAAUAUUUUGAUAUGGCAGAGGAAGUCCAGUUCAAGAAAUACGCGUUUAAGUCGCAUCGACAGACCAUCAAUGAUACAGAAGUAGUCUAUCCUGUCAAUUCACUUGCUUUUCAUCCCAAGUACGGUACAUUUGCUUCUGGUGGAUCUGACUGCGUUGUCAAUAUCUGGGACGGUGCUCAUCGAAAGCGUAUCAAGAACAUGACUGGUUAUCCAGAUGAAAUUGCUAGUUUAGCAUUUAAUCAUGAUGGCACGAAGCUUGCUAUUGCCAGUAGUUAUACCUUUGAUGAAGGUGAACGCGAUCAUGCACCAGAUACAGUCUAUAUCAAACUGAUUCAUGAUCAUGAUGUUGCACCUCGCAUUGUCACUUAAUAAUAAUAAUAAAAGAUGGUCACACGAAAUCAAGUUUAUUGUCGCG